CAUCUUGCUGUUAGAAGGGACACUUGCAUGAGGAUCCCUAAUCAGACUGGCUGACAAGCAAACUCCAGAUUGACCAGUUUCUGUGCCCUAACCCAGGAAUUACAGGGUCCUACUGUGAGUUGCAGUCUUGUGGCAUUCUGCAGGCCCCCUGCCAGUGACCCCAGGCCUUUUAUGGCUGUGAGACUUAUUAAAAGCUCAGGGGUGAGAAGUGACCUUUUGAGGUGACUAUAACUGAAGAUUGAAUUACAGAAGCAAAAAAAAAAAAAAAGGUUUUUGAGUCAUGAUGCAAGAAUCUGGGUCUGAGACAAAAAGUAACGGAUCAGCCAUCCAGAACGGGUCCAGCGGUGGCAACCACUUACUAGAGUGUGGUGCACUUCGUGACACUCGGUCCAACGGGGAGGCACCAGCGGUGGACCUGGGGGCAGCAGACCUUGCCCACGUCCAGCAGCAGCAACAGCAGGCCCUGCAGGUGGCAAGGCAGCUCCUCCUUCAGCAGCAGCAGCAACAGCAGCAGCAACAGCAGCAGCAGCAGCAACAGCAGCAGCAGCAGCAGCAGCAGCAAGUUAGUGGAUUAAAGUCUCCCAAGAGGAAUGACAAGCAACCAGCUCUUCAGGUCCCCGUGUCAGUGGCUAUGAUGACACCUCAGGUUAUCACUCCCCAGCAAAUGCAGCAGAUCCUUCAACAGCAAGUGCUGAGUCCCCAGCAGCUCCAGGUUCUCCUCCAGCAGCAGCAGGCCCUCAUGCUUCAACAGCAGCAGCUUCAAGAAUUUUAUAAAAAACAACAAGAACAGUUGCAACUUCAACUUCUCCAACAGCAACAUGCUGGAAAACAACCGAAAGAGCAACAGCAGGUGGCUACCCAGCAGUUGGCUUUCCAGCAGCAGCUUCUACAGAUGCAGCAGCUGCAGCAGCAGCACCUCCUGUCUCUGCAGCGCCAAGGCCUUCUAACAAUUCAACCCGGGCAGCCUGCCCUUCCCCUCCAACCUCUUACUCAAGGCAUGAUUCCAACGGAACUGCAGCAGCUGUGGAAAGAAGUGACAAGUGCCCACACUGCAGAGGAGACCACAGGCAGCAACCACAGCAGCCUAGACCUGACCAGCACAUGCGUCUCGUCCUCGGCGCCUUCCAAGACCUCCCUCAUCAUGAACCCGCACGCCUCUACCAAUGGACAGCUCUCAGUCCACACUCCCAAACGGGAAAGCUUGUCCCAUGAGGAGCAUCCCCACAGCCAUCCUCUCUACGGACAUGGCGUAUGCAAGUGGCCAGGAUGUGAAGCAGUCUGUGACGACUUCCCAGCCUUUCUAAAACAUCUCAACAGUGAGCAUGCGCUGGACGAUAGAAGCACAGCUCAAUGUAGAGUACAAAUGCAGGUUGUACAGCAGUUAGAGCUACAGCUUGCAAAAGACAAAGAGCGCCUGCAAGCCAUGAUGACCCACCUGCAUGUGAAGUCUACGGAACCCAAAGCUGCCCCUCAGCCCCUGAAUCUGGUAUCAAGUGUCACCCUCUCCAAGUCCGCAUCAGAGGCUUCUCCACAGAGCUUACCUCAUACCCCAACGACCCCAACUGCCCCGCUAACUCCCGUCACCCAAGGCCCCUCUGUCAUCACCACCACCAGCAUGCACACGGUGGGACCGAUCCGCAGGCGGUACUCAGACAAAUAUAACGUCCCCAUUUCUUCAGCAGAUAUUGCGCAGAACCAAGAAUUUUAUAAGAACGCAGAAGUUAGACCACCAUUUACAUAUGCAUCUUUAAUUAGGCAGGCCAUUCUCGAAUCUCCAGAAAAGCAGCUAACACUAAACGAAAUCUAUAACUGGUUCACACGAAUGUUUGCUUACUUCCGACGCAACGCAGCCACGUGGAAGAAUGCAGUGCGUCAUAAUCUUAGUCUUCACAAGUGUUUUGUGCGAGUAGAGAACGUUAAAGGGGCAGUAUGGACAGUGGAUGAAGUAGAGUUCCAAAAACGGAGGCCACAAAAGAUCAGUGGUAACCCUUCCCUUAUUAAAAACAUGCAGAGCAGCCACGCCUACUGCACACCUCUCAACGCAGCCUUACAGACCUGUCUUCCCAGCUCACCCGCAGCAUCCUCAAGCUCCUUAAGGAUAAUGUGCCCCGACACAGUUCAAGGCGGACCUACUGAACUGAGCAUCUCAGCUUCCAUGGCUGAGAAUAGCAUACCUCUGUACACUACCACUUCCAUGGGAAAUCCCACUCUGGGCAGCCUGGCCAGUGCCAUCCGGGAGGAGCUGAACGGGGCCAUGGAGCACACCAACAGCAACGAGAGCGACAGCAGUCCUGGCAGAUCCCCUAUGCAAGCUGUGCAUCCCGUACACGUCAAAGAGGAACCCCUUGACCCUGAGGAAGCGGAAGGGCCUCUGUCCUUAGUGACAACAGCCAACCACAGUCCAGAUUUUGACCAUGACAGAGAUUACGAAGAUGAGCCAGUAAAUGAGGACAUGGAGUGAACCUCUGGGCGGGCCGACCCCCGAGACCGAAGAUUGGGAAAAAAGCAAAACAAAACAAAUUAAAAAACAAAACAAAACAAACAAACCACGUCAAAAAUUAGCAGUGAAACCGUUCUCCGCUCGUUGUACAGUCUGGAGGAUUUUUCGCUACAUUUUGACAACUCUGAAAAUGUGUUAACUCUUAGUGCCAUCAAGAAUCCCAUUUGGGAGUAUUUUUGAUUUUUCUACUUUUUGUUGACAAAAGGGAUUUGUACUCUGUGCAUUGGAUGGACCUGUUUGGUACUUGGGAUUUUCCUCUUUGAGUCAACAUCAGUGUUGUAAAUUCGGUAAACGGAUUCACUUUUAGCAGCAGACUUUGAACUGCAGUUUGUCCUGCCAAGGCCGACACCGAGGACACCCGACUGAGCUUGCGCACCUGCGCCGCAGACCAAGCCUUUGCCCAAAUCGAAGAUUCCAGUGGACGACCUAUUUGCACAGCACUGCAUGUUGAUAUCACUGCCUUUACUCACUUUGGUUUUCUUUUUGUUUGUUUGUUUUUGUUUUUGCUUCCAGUUGGGAUGGGGAAGGCCUUUGUGUGUUUAUUGGGGGGAGGGGUUAAAAAUAAUUAUCCCAAACUUUUUAAUGUAUUGCUUUUUUUUUUUGCUUCUUCUAUACCAUUUUAAGUUCUGACCUCAGGCCUCCAUUUGGGCCCACGGCCUCUUGGAGGCUUCACGUUUUCUGUACCUUGUGAUGAAUGUUAAUAGGUGUUUUUAUUAUACAAAGCUGAAUGUCAUUUCUCGUCUGUAGUUUUCCGGCACUCAUUCCAUUUUCCUAUAGACAUCCCCACGUUUCUCUCAAGUUUAAAAAAACAAAACAAAACAUUCCGUUUUGGUCUUUUUUUCCAAAAAAAAAAAAAUCCCAAAGGCUGCACCUUACACCUGAAGGUCCUCUCACAGGGACACGGUGCCCUGCCAGAAAGAGAACGAACAAGAGAAAAGGAGAGAAACACACGCACACAUUCUAGGAACAUAGCAGAUUCAUUUCACAGAAGCAGUAUUGGGGUGGGAUGGGAAUGUUUGAGAAAUUCUCUUUUCUUUUUAUAGUGCCCACCAUUGUGAGUAACUGCUACCACAUUCUCUCAGCAUCAGGAAACACAGCCAAGAGAGACAAUGAAAAGAGUAAACAAAACUUAAUAAUUAGACUGGCAUGAUGACCAUGGAAGGCUCUCCCCCCUAUAAUCAAGUGACUAGGACCACAGACUCUGUGUUGUCCUUACCAGCAUGGGUUGCUUUGUUUGCAAAAUGACCAAAAAACCAGCUUCCCUAACUAACUUUACUCAACAUGGUGACAGCGCUGAGUUUGUGCGUCAGUUGAGACCAGCUUGGUGGCAUUCAUCUGUUUUAAUGCAAAUGAGACUUCACCGUGAACUUGUUAUGGGAGUUAAUGAGCACUGAGCCCAGUAGAUGCUGAUGUGUCGGAUUCCAGUGUGUAGAGUGGGUGCUGCAGUUCAGCCUGCAGUGUGACAGUGUCACACCACCCUAGUAGCACAAACUUAACAGGUGACACCAGCAGACAGACGGAGGCUCCUGCGACUAGGGUCCACAGAAUGUGAUGGCUCUAGGUCAGUACAGCCCUCAGCCCUUCAAACCCCUCCACACUUCUGUCUACACCCACCUCCCUGGCAUUUAUUUAUCUAGGGCUGUAGCUUUUGUUUGGGUUUAGUUGGAGAGCCUUUCGAAGCUUAAUUUAUAUACUUUGUACUUUUUAUUUCUAAAAUUACCAAAGAUAUUACACAAAGGUAAAUUAUUUUCUUUUAUGCUUUAUCUGAUGAAGCCAAAUAUCCUCUUAUUGUUGAUCAAAGGAGGCAAAAGGAUUCAGAGGCAAAUGAUGAGGCCCAGGCUAUUUGCCAACCCGAGGGAAAUAACUGCCCCUCCAACAGAGUUCAUUUAGCAGACUAAGUAGGCAAUGGAACCAAAGUUUUUUACUUUUUUCUUUUUUUUUUUCUUUUUCCUUUUCUGUACUUGUACAGAGACCAAAACUAACUCCUGUAAGGAGAAAAUAAGGGGCUACUGCAGAGAAAGAAAAAUACAAACAGGAAAACAGUAUUAUAGCUCCUAUGGAAAGAAUGGGAUACCAUCUCAGAAAAAAGAAAUGAAUGUAUGAUGCUGAAAAUUAGUGUGUAAAUCAAGGAGACACUAGGAUGACUUCAGAGAGAACAGAAAAGUGUCUGACUGCACUAGGCCACUUCUAGAAUAAAGAGAUUUUUUUAGAACAUUGGUAUGCCACUUUUCUUUAAGGGUCGUGCUGUGAUCACUGCAUUAGUUUUGUUUUAUCUUGGCAUAUAUAUCCUAGUUCUAGAUUCUUUCUGCUUUUUGCUUUUCCUUUUUAAGAUUAUGAUUUGGUCAGCAUUUUCAUUUACACACAAAAAUAGGUGACAUUCCCAUCCACUCAUCAGCUUAGAAUAGAACGUCUUUGGCAAUUACUUCUGAAGCUUUGCUCUGCUUUCCGUUGAGGGGCGGUCCGUGGUUACUCGUGCCCCCACCCCCACUUUUCCAGGCAGCUUCAUGAUGUCAGGCAGUAGCCAGGCAGGGUCAUGGGAAGGGGGCCUGUGCUUCUAAACGGAGUGGUUGCUGGUUAGAUAUUGAAAAGAGGAUAAAAAUCUGGUAGAUUAGUUCAUUCUCAGCAUGUGUAGCUAGACACGAGUAAAGAUGACAGCAUGAGAACUGUUAGUACGCAUACCUCAGUUCAAACCUUUAGGGAAUGAUUAAAAAAAGUAAAAAUAUACAUUUCACUCAGUUGCACUUAGUCGUAUGUCUUGCAUGCUUAGUCUAAAGACUGUAGCAAAAAAAAUAAAUAAGAAAAAUUAGAUUUUACAUAUCUUUGCAGGUGUCACAGCCUUGCAGAAGAACCAACUUUAAAAAAGUUCUCAGGCUUUACAGCAAGCAAUCAAUCUUUUACAGUUCUGAUUCUGUCCCUGGGGGGGGAUUAUGGUCGCUUCUUUAGAAUGGGGUUGAUUCGGUUGUACAUAUAUCCCGAUGUGUCUGUGUCAAUCUUUGUCUUUUGUGGGGGAGGGCCGAGGGCAGCUCUUUUUUUUUUAAUUAUUUUAUUUUUUAGGUAUUGUUCCUAAAGAGGAAUAAAUGCAUACACCUGUUUGUCAAAACAUCUUUGCUUUUUGUGCAACUGCAUUUUAUUAAUGAUACUUUAAAGCAGAAGAAAACCACAGUAUCUUUGGGGGGAAAAUCUACUGUAUGUAAUGGAUUUGCAGUUGGUGCUGCACAUGUAUUUUAUUUCCUUAUCCUUGAUUUACGAACAUUGGAUGAUAUAUUGACAUGUGGGGGAAAAGAAGAAACUCCAGAACACUUUUUUUUUUGGCUUUUAAAUUGUAACAUAGUUGACAUAAUUUGUUUCCUACUCUCAUUAAUUGGAACAUUUUGUACAGGUUUGUGGGGUGGGGCGUGUGUGAGAGAGCGUGUGUGUGUGUGUGUGUGUGUGUGUGUGUGUGUGUGUGUGUGUAUGUGUGAGAAUCUGUUUUUGAUACAUUCCUGUUCCUUGUGUUUAUCCUGCCACUGCCUUCUUGAUUAUCUUAAACAAGUUCCUAAGUUUGAAAAGAGAAAAAAAAAGUUGUUUAAAAAAAAUGUUCUCUCCUGCUGCAGUCAAUAUUUUUGCAUGAUGAAAUUCCAGGGUCACACUUUCAAAGGUUUAUCAGUAAAGUAGUCAUUAAUAAUGGGAAGUGUUGAAAAUAUUGAAACUUUUGCAUAAAAAAAUUUGCAAGGUCCCAAAGUGUAAAGACAAUUUGUUACUUUUUCUUUUUCUUUUUUUUCUUAGUAAAAAUCAAGCAACCAUGAGGGAGGUUGGCCCAUGUGUCAGACACACACAGUCAUGAUGAGGACCCAUCUUUGUUGUUCCCAGGUCUAUCCAUGUGAAAAGGCUUAGGCUGCCGUAUUGGGGCAGCAAAAGGUGAACAUCAAGACUUAUGUACAUGGUGACCUAGCUGCCAGUGUCCUCCCCACAUCAGAAGACAGUUGACUUGACAUUCCCAGUGUCCCAUUAGCCAUAACGAAGCAAGCCUUGGUUUAAAAGAUAAACAAAAUAAUAGAACCAAAAUGUAAUGUAAAUCACUAGCUCUUAUUUUUUAAUCACACACGAAAUCUAUUCGAAAAGUCUCCUCUUUUCCACAUUCUAGCUGAGCUCUGUCUCCAAGGGCACACAAGCAGACUCUGCUAAUGACUUUGAAUCUUUUUGGUACCUUUUGGUCAAUGCCAUACCCUCCUGACAGUCUGGAAGUGUUUUGCAACUCGGUUUCACUUUUACUAUCCUGAGAAGCAAAUGGACAAUUCUAGCGGCGUCUUGUGGGUCCACUGUAACUCAAUGCAGUCCCUUCUACCCAGGAGCCUGGGUGGAGAUGGUGCGGUCUGGGUUGUGAGCGUGGUGCUCUCUGUAUAUGUGCUGCCACUAACAAGGAUUGUUUUGUUUUGUUUUGUUUUGAUAAGGCAUAAAAGAAUCUCAUUCCUUGACAUCAACUGUAAUUCCAUCAUUCCAUGUCUGUGGAUACAGACAAUAAAAAAAAAUGUUGUGUAGUCAGUACUAGUGACUGACAUGAGAGCGUUCUCAAAUGCAAUAAAAAUGCUGGUUGUUCACACUGGUA